AUGUCUGUUACUACUCUUGACUUCGAGAAAUUCAUCGCAGGCACUCCCCAGGAGCGCAAGCAAUUUGCAGAAGAUUUGCUGAGCAGCUUCGAGAGGACUGGCUUUGCAAAGAUGACCAACCAUACAUUCAGCACUGCACAGCUUCAGCAAUUAUUCCACUGGGGACAAUCAUUUUUUGACCAGAGCCUUGAGGCUAAGAAUGAGAUUCCAAAUGAAGUCGGACCAAGGCCUAUGCGUGGCUACACGCCUUGGCGAGUGGAAGAAGUCGGCAAAUUGCACCAUGAUGAGAAUAUCCGUAUCCUCACUGAUUCAAAAGAACAUUUUGAUCAAGGUCCUACUGAUGAUACGGAAUUUCCAAACAAAUGGCCCACAACAUCCAACAUGUCCGGCUUCCAGCCAUUCAUGGAAGCUUUCUACCAGCAGUGCAACAAUGUCUGCCUUACAUUGAUCCAUGCUCUCGAAGUUGCGUGGGGAAUUGAAGAUGGAUCCCUUGUUGCUCGGUGCAGCCCCAGCGCUACCGACUUGAGACUUACUCACUAUCCUGAGAUAGCUGUGGAUGAGCUUCAGUCAGGACGCAACACCCGUAUUGCGCCGCAUACAGAUUUCGGCCCAAUUACUCUUCUGUUCCAGGAUAGCACUGGCGGCCUGGAAAUUGAAGACCGUACGGACGCCACUGGUAGCACCUUUGUUCCCUUGCCACCGACUGAUACGACAGAGAUGAUUAUCAAUGUGGGUGACACAUUGACCCGCUGGACCAACGGAAGGAUCGUUGGAGGCAUGCACCAGGUCACCGUUCCCGAGACUAUGAAAGGGGAAAAAGGACUGGUUAUCCCUUCCCGAAUGUCAAUGGCUUAUCUCUUCAAGGCUGGGCGUGAUACAUCUGUUGGACCGCUGCCCAAGUUUGUCUCUGCCGAAGAGCCUGCCAUUUAUCCCGAGAUAACUGCUCUUGAGUUCCAGCGGUGGAGGAAUAGCAUUGUCUACAACCUCGACAAGAAAGAGGAUGGCGUUAGGUUCAGUGGCUCGUCCGCUAUCAAACCAACGGGAGGAUUCCGUCCAAUGCAGACAGUUUAA